UGUAUGCUACAAUUUGAAAGUAAAUCCUUCUUCCCCUAUCUUACCCCAAACAAGUGUGUACAGCUCUAAUAGGAAAACGUUUAAAAAAAAAAAAAAGGAAACGUAUCAAUUGUCUGGUAUGCCAAGAUACCCAGCUUAUAUAUUUGACAAGUAUAGUCAUGCUGAUCGCACCAUGCUGAAGAAUAAACUUGUUUGGAGGGCGGAUAGGUGACAAUUACGUGGAAAUGAAUUUUGACUGAAGUGAAAACGAUUUGCAAGACUGAACAUUUCAUUAGCUAUUGUCUCGAGUUGUCUGCACUUAAAGGACAUUACAAUGAGUCUUAACGACCCUCUUGAUUUUAAAAGCCAACCCGAGAAAGGAAUAUCAGAGUCUGAACGCACUGCCAAAAAACAUGCCAAAAAUAAAAGACAGAAGUCAAAGAGAGCAGCUUCUCCUACAUCGAGCUAUCUGUCAAUGAGGACAGACUGGUCAAUAGAUCCACCAACCAACUUCAAAGACGGAGAGACAUUUCCAUUGCACUCCAGGAUUAAGAGAAAAAGAGAGACUUCACCAGUCACCAGUUAUAUUUCACUGAAAAGUGAUAACCCAAUGAAUGUUUCAGAAGGCAACGAUUACGAAUUAAGAGUAAGAGCAGCUUCUCCUACACCCACCUAUUUGUCUUUGAAGACAGACUGGUCAAUAGAUCCACCAACCAAUUUCAAAACUGAAGAAACUUUCCCAUUGGAUCCAAGACUGCUGACAGAUCAACACUUAAGGUGUCCAUUGUGCAAAUCGAUGUUGAAGGAUCCAGUGUCCAUCCCCUGUGGCCACAAUUACUGCAGCGGUUGUAUUAAUGCAUUCUGGGACAACUGUGUAGGAGAAUAUGCUUGUCCACACUGUAGUAAAGCAUCAGAAACACGUCCACUGCUGAACACAAAUGCAGCUUUGGCUGAGGUGGUUAAAAACCUGAAGCAGGCUGGCUUCAGUCCAGCCCUUCCACCACAAUCCUAUGCCGGACCAGAAGAUGUGGCCUGUGAUUUAUGCUCUGAGCGCAGAUUGAAAUCGGUGAAGUCUUGCACGACCUGUGGCGUGUCCCUCUGUGAGACUCAUGUCAGGCAACAUUACACAGUACCAGCACUACAGAAACACACACUGUGUGACGUGACUGGAGACAUUAAGACGAGACCUUCGCAGCAGCUUCAGACCUCAGACAACAGCUUCAACAGCACUGCCAGCGGACAACAGCAUCAUAUAGAUAAAACUCAAGACAUUAUAAAGUAUCCUGAGAUCUGUGAUGCCCCCGAAGCCACCACCCCAGUGAUGGACGAGCCUGUGCCCACCGCAGGCACGGAGCCUGACCCCACCAUGAUACCAGCUGCAGUGAGGAAAGAGACUGAGACUGAGACUGAGACUGAGACCGGGAUUGUCCUGGAGCCUGAGACUGAGACGGGGAUUGUCCCAGGGCCCGAAACUGAAAAUAAGUCUAACCAGGAGACGGCAGUCGCCACCAAGUUUCAGACACGUCUAAAAAGAUCUGCAAAAACCUUCAGACCUAAAAAAAAAGGAAAAAAAGAAAAUGUUAAAAGUCUUGCGCUUAUUUGCUCCACACUACAGCAAGAGGUUUCAGGGCUUAAAGAAAAACUCUUAAAGUUAGAGACGAAGAAUACAAAGACAGAAAAAUAUGAAGAUGAAGAGGAUUAUGACUAUGAAAAGGAAGAAGAUGAUGAUGAGGAGGAUUAUGACUAUGGAGAUGAAGAUAAAGAAGAAGAUGAUGAGGAGGAGGAAGAUGAAGAAUAUGAGCUGGACGAUUAUGGUGAUGAUAAUGAGGACUAUAGUGAGAAAGAUUUUGAUGCAGAGAGUGAUGUAGAAGAGGUGGAUGAUGAAGAUAGUUUUGAUGAUGAGGAUGGAUACAAAGAUGAUUAUGAUUGGGAGAAAGAUGAUUGGAAAGAGAAUGAAGAUGAGGAAGACUAUGAUGAUGACAACAAUUCUGAGGAAGAUAGCGAUGAGGAUUUGUAUGAUGAUAAUUACUGUUAAACUCUGCUAACAGUGACUGUUGCUGCAUAUUUACAACAAGGUCAAGUAGUAGAAGUACAUACAUUUUCUUAAAGGUGCUAAAGAGGAUGUUUUGUUUUAUACAUUUUUGCAAUAUUACUUGAAACUGUCUUUACUAACUGAUAAAAGACUUUUUAUUAGGUGCAAUGAAAGGAAUAAU